CAUGCCUCUUCACGGGAUGAACCUCGCCUGGAGGUUACCGGAUCUGCCGUUCCAAACUCAAUUCACAUGCCGGUAGACGAGCAGGAGGCGCACCCACAAGUGACAACAGUGCCUACGGCAAACGCAGCACCUUCGACCGGGGCACUGGAGCGAGCCAGCGCCGCACCGCAUGUUGCAGAUAAUAGCGGAUCUGAAAAUGCGGCCGCCGAGCAAGAAGCCACAACAACGAAUGAGGCGACGAAUAAGCCUACUGAAGUGACGGGUGGCACUGUAUUAAUGUCACCCAUGAAGAAGAUUGCCGCGGAUUCCAUCACGGUUGCUGAGAUCCAGUCCAGCGUUGCGGCAGCUUCGGCAGCACUCUCAGCAAACAAGCCAGCUAACAUCCAAGACCACAGGAAUGAGAGUGCAGCACAAGACGUCGUUGCGGUAGCGUGUGACUCUCAUGGUGACGCCACAGAAAGGAGUGUGACCCCGUCGAUUCCACCUCAUGCAGCCUUUGCGAAACGUCAGGUCAUCGCUACAGGGGCAGUGCCUGAGAAUACGAAUGCCGCGACGACGGGCGAAAGCUUUGCAGGUGAUACUGGGAAUGUGGACUCUGCGGCCGCGAACUCUGCGGUCCCGCUUGCCGCAGACCCAAAUGUGGCAGCAUGUCCGUUACCACCGGCACUGCCACAACUCGAAUGCGCACUUGUCGCUGCGCCGGACGAUGUAGGUACAGAGGCAGAAGCCCGCAUGCGGCUGUAUCUGACCGUAGCCAUAACAUAUUUGGCAUCGCUGUCAUUUGGGUUAUCCGUGGGUUACUCGUCGCCAGCGCUUCCAAGCAUACGGGAGGCGAUGGAGUUCAGCGAAACUGACAGUGACUGGUUCGGCGCUCUUGUCAUGCUUGGUGCAGCCAUAGGAGGCCUAAGUGGCGGUCGUCAAGUGAACACGAUCGGCCGUCGCAACACUCUGAUCGCCUCGUCGCUCUGGUUCAUGUUCGGUUGGCUAUGCCUGGCGGUGGCCACUCCCAAGGCGGCGCUGUUCGUCGGCCGCCUGCUCACGGGCGUCGGCACCGGCACGGUGGCACUCGCCGUCAGCGUCUUCAUCUCGGAGAUCUCUCCAGCCAACUACCGGGGCCUGCUGAGCACGGGAGCCAACUGUGUUCUGGGUUGCGGUGUUUUGCUCGUCUUCGUGCUCGGCAAAUACCUCGGCUUCUGGCUCCUGGCGGUCUGCUGCCUGCUGCCGGCGGCGGCCAUGAGCGUCUUGUUGUUCUCGUGUCCCGAGUCGCCCCGCUGGCUGCUGAAGCACAAUCGACGCGACAGUGCGGCUAGAGCGCUGCGCUUUUACUUCGGCCCCGGCGCCGCGAGCGAACUGACCAUCUUGGAGGCCGCGGUGUCGCGCAAGGGCGGCGCGGCUGCUGCGGCCUUCUCGUUGCGAGACAUGGCAUCGCCGCGCGUCUACCGGUCUUUCCUGUGCGUCCUGCUCACCAUGACGAUGCAGCAGCUGUCAGCCAUUAGCUUGAUCAUCACGUUUACCCAAGACAUCUUCGAACAGGCCGGCACAACCAUAUCGCCAGAGAACUCUGCUAUUAUUGUGGCAUUUAUACAGGUGGUCAUGGUAGGAGUAGCCACGUUUCUCGCCGACCGCCUUGGCCGCAAAAUUCUGGUGCUGUUUUCGUCGGCAGUGUCAUCAGUCUGUCUUGGCGCACUUGGCCUGUACUUCUACUACAAGUCAAACGGGGGCGACAACUUCACGGAGACCUACGGUUGGCUACCUUUGACCAGCCUCUGCAUCUAUUUUGUCGGCUACUCUGUGGGCCUGGGCCCAUUGCCUUGGGUAAUUCUGGGCGAAAUGAUUCCCCUGAAGGCUAGGGCGUUUGCGACCGGAACUUGCACCGCGAUUGUAUUUACCGAGGGGUUCGCGGUCAUCAUAAGCUACAACGGUAUGCGUGCUGCCCUGGGAAUGGCUGGAACCUUCUGGCUGUUUGGCGCCGCUCUUGCUAUUAGUUUUGUUCUUUUUUUGCUAUUCGUCCCUGAGACAGGAGGGAAGAGCCUAGAAGACAUCGAGAAGCUCUUUGGCCGCAGUACACCGUCACAACACGAAUCACUGGUGAAGAACGAAGCUCAGAAUGUGAACUAGUUUGGUUCGUUUUUGCUUUCGCGCAUCAUCGUCAUGACAGUGCAUUCGCGCACUCGACAUGCGUAAGAUGUUAUCAUAAAUGUGGUAAUUUAAA